AUGGCAUCAACGGAAAUUUCCUGGCGUUUGACCGAUCAAGGCGACCACUCUGGAGGAGAAGAAACCGAGAUGUCGUUAUCACCCGAGCAGCGCCAGUUCUUUCGAGAUCAUGGCUAUUUGAUUCUGAGAGAUGUUCUCUCCAAGGAGGAGACCAAAGAUCUCCAGCGUUGGGCGCAGGAAGUCCAUGAUUGGCCGACCAAUGAGAAUAGCCCAUGGAUGCCAUAUGAGGAAAUCAACGCCCAGGGAAAGAAAGUGUUGUGCCGAACAGAGAAUUAUGCCCACUCGCACCCGGGUUUCAACAGUUUGCUUCGUGGGCCGAAGCUCCUGGGUCUACUCAGGCAACUGGCUGGUGAGGACAUGUUGCUCUUCAAAGAGAAGAUCAACUACAAACUGGCGGGAAGUGGUGGUUUUGCGCCACACGUCGAUAGCACGGCGUACGCCCAUAUCAAAAACAUCACACAUCUGGCCAUUUUGCUGGCUGCUGAUCCAUCGAACAUGACCAAUGGUGGAUUAGAGGUAGUCGACGGAAGCCACGAGAUGGACAUCCCCAUUGGUAGUGACAACUGUAUCGAACCGGAAUGGGUGAAAAAGCAGAAGUGGACGUCCAUAACUUUGGAAGCCGGACAUCUUCUCAUUUUUGGAUCAUACCUGGCCCACCGAAGUGGCAUCAACCACAGUCAUAGCGAUCGAAAAGCGAUCUAUGCAACAUACAAUUGCGCGAGCGAAGGCGACCUACACGAUGAGUAUUAUGCCCACCGAAAAGUGGUUUGGCCGCCGACGCGGCUGAGAAAAAUGGGUGAAACAUAUCAGGAGGGUGCCUUGAGAUAUGGAUACGGUAGUCCCAUGCUGAGUGUAGACGCUGGAAAGCAGCUCGAGUUUGAAGAAGGAACCAGGGCCCAGUCUGCUUCUACAGCAGCUCAGGCGGCAUCCCGCAUCAUCGAGAUCCUCCAAUCAUACGGCCAAAGUGAUUAUAUCGGAGAGGCCAUAUCGCAAGUCGAACAUUCCUUGCAAUGUGCGAAUCUUGCUGCUCAAAGCUCCGCGGACGCCGCGACCGUCGUGGCCGCUCUCCUUCACGACAUUGGUCAGAUCAUCCCCGAAUCUGAGGCGGAACAGCUUCUGGGCGGAGAAAAGGUCCGGGACAUGUGCCGGGGGGUCAUUCCAGCGGACGACGCGAAGACGUCGAAUCGUGUCGGCCGCAUCUCACACGAAACAUUAGGCGCACGAUAUCUCCGGACCCUAGGGUUUCCAGAAAAGGUCGCAGAGCUAGUGGAAGCCCACGUGCCUGCGAAGAGGUAUCUCUGUGCCGCAGAAAAGGGAUAUUAUGAUACCCUCAGCGAGGCAAGCAAAGAGAGUCUGAAAUUCCAGGGUGGCCCGAUGAGUGGUGAGGAAGUUCGCACAUGGAGUGAGGCGAAAUGGGCGAAAGAAAAAACGAAUUUGAGAAGAUGGGACGAUGGAGCUAAGGUGGUUGGGCUGGAUGUCCCUGGACUUGAGACAUAUAGGUCUAUUCUCGAGCAGGUGUUGAGCUCGUGA